CUGCCUUUCUGACAUCAUGUAUUGCGCAUAGCUCAUUUCUCCACGUCUUAUACAGUUCUUAUUUAUUUCUUUGAACGCCAUAAUGGAGGCUGAUGUCUGAUGUGGGAAUGUUGUGCCGGUGAGAGAACAUUCCGUGGUUGCUUCGUAUCGGAUGCAAUGACUCAUCGCCUUAAGAUCGUACCUAGUCAACGAAAGUCUACAUAACAGAAGCAUGUCGGAGAAACUGAAAUCCGCGUUGCAAGAGGAGUAUCCGCUCCACUGGCUGGCUUGGCAUAACGACUAUGAGGCUCUGAAAACACUUCUUGAAAAGAGUGCAGGUCCCUCUGUAGGAAAACUGAAGGCCAGCAUGGAGAACAUCGAAUGGCGUGACUGCCGAGGGAGGACAGCCCUCAUGCUGGCUGUCACCUUGGGCCACCUCGAAGCAUCAAAGAUUCUUCUCAACCAUGGGGCCAAUGUCAACGUGGAGAACAACGAUGGCUAUACAGUGGUCCACGAAGCAGUGAGCACAGGCGACCCUGAGCUUCUGGCAGAAGUGUUGACUCGGCGAGACCUCCAACGCUACAGCACAUCCGUCGGGGGUAUCCCUGAUCUCUUGAAGCGGAUUCGGGACACCCCGGACUUCUAUGUGGAAAUGAAAUGGGAGUUUACAAGCUGGGUACCACUUCUAUCCAGGAUGUGUCCAAGUGACACCUACAAGGUCUACAAGAGUGGAGCUAAUGUACGGAUAGACACUACUCUGCUUGGAUUUGACCAGUCCAGCUGGCAGCGUGGGCGCAGGAGCUACAUAUUCAAGGGACAAGAGGAUCUUGCCCUGAUGAUGGAAGUGGACCACGAUGGCUGCCAGGUGCAUGUAGAUCAGAUGCAGGUGUUGCCACCCGAAUAUGUGGAUCUGUCAGGGAGCUUGCGGCCCUCACAGGAGGCCAUCUCUGCGCGCCUCACCUCUCCUGUGGUGGCCACGUACAUAGACACCGACAAGAUCAGCUUUGAAAGGAACAAGUCUGGAAUCCUUGGCUGGAAGAGCGACAAAAGUGAAACAGUCAAUGGCCAUAACUGCAAAGUGUUCAGUGCAACAAAUGUGGAACUCGUGACCAAGACCAGGGUGGAGCACCUUUCAGAAGCAGACAAGGCUCGUCACAAGGCUGCACGAUCGCCGUUGCAGUCUUUCUUGGGCACAGUCGAGGUUGAAGAGGGUGCCGCUCUGGAAAUGCCAAAUGGGGAUUUGACAGAGUGGCGGAGCAACCCAUGCCACAUUCGUCCAGAAGAAUAUUUCAAUGCCAAAGUGGAUCUGGGAGGCCGAGAUAUUGGGCGACCCCGAGAGGCAACUGUACGCACCCAGAAGUUCCGUGCCAAUCUCUGGCUCUGUGAGGACUAUCCGCUGUCUUUACCCCAGCAGAUUCUUCCAAUUGUAGAUCUCAUGUCGAUCAACAGCACGCACUUCGCCAGGCUACGGGACUUCAUCACCCUCCAACUCCCUGCGGGCUUCCCGGUCAAAAUUGAGAUUCCCCUGUUUCACGUGCUCAACGCCCGAAUCACCUUCGGCAACAUAAACGCCUUCGACGAGCCAGUCCCAGGGGUGACCACUAUGCGGGAGCAGGGGACAGUGAAGUGCAAGAUCGACGAGAGCUGCUUCGAGGCCCCCAGCAGCUAUGCACGGCUUGGGGGAAAUAAAAUGCGACAAUUCAACGUCAACGACGAGGACGACGAACUCCUCCAAUACGCCAUCGAGCAGUCGUUCGUGGAGGCUGGCGGAGAAGAGAAUCAGGUCACUGUUUGGGAGGCCCUGACAACUGACCAAACCGGAGUCGCACCUGAGCUGGAAGAGGAUCAUGCUUUGCAGAGGGCCAUCCAGGAGAGCCUAGCCAGCUACCUGAAGUCGACGGGUGUUGCAGAUGGAGAGCUCCCAGCAGGUGGUGGGGUGCAGCAGCAGGUGCAGCCACAGGUGCAGCCACAGAUGCAGCUGCAGCCACAGGAGCAGCAGCAAAACAACAGCGAGUGGGCCCUGGGUGCCAGUGGUGGUGCCGACUUGGCCAUGGCACUGCGCCUCUCACAGCAGGCCAAGGAGGAGGAGGACCAGCGCCGACGAGAAGAAGACGAGAUGCUGGAACGAAUCUUGCAGCUUUCCAUGACAGAGAAGUAGGGACAUGCUAUUCGUCACACAUCGUCCAUGCAAGAAGCCGAGUUGUGCUGGGACUUUGGCCUGCUUUGUUGGCGGCACAUUCUUCCUUGUGUCCCCACCCCCUGCUGGCCCUUCCCUUUUUAUUAUAUUUUUCUCUGCUUUUACUCCUUCCUUCUUCCGUGUGUGUGUGUUCUGGAAUGUGUGUUGAGAUAAAUUAAGAAAAACCUCAUUUUGUUUGUUCUGUAAAAGCCCAAAGCUGUUCGAGUACAAGCGGAUCGGUUAAGUCUAGGGCAGUGCCUUGGAUGCUCGUCCACUUGCUUCUGGUGUUGAAGGAAGUGCUAAUAUUAUUACCAAAGUGUUGUUAAAUGCACAGAACUAGAACGCGCACAAAGCUUGCAGAACAAAAGUGAAAAGUAGCUUCAAAGGCGACAACAGUGCCCAUUGCAACUGAACCAACUUACUCUGGGAAUCUCCUUGCAAAUUGUAACGUAUUUACGGUUCCACAUAAUGUACAGCACUGAGCACAAGCCAUACUUAUGUGUUGCAUGGAACCGUUGCAUUGGGGCUCGAAACUUGCUCAUCAAGGCAAGAAAGGAACAGUGCCAACCAAAAGAAGUUGACACCAGAGAACAUCUUUCAACCAUCCCUGACAGACAAGUAGAGACUAGUUCGCUUUUUUCCAGUGGUUCCCACUGCCUUGUACAUUGGCAGGGUUGUGCUGUGUAUAUUGUUUGCAGCCAGAAACAAGGAAAUAUCAGCAACAGAAGUCAAAUCUAUGAACAGUGACAUAGAGUGUUGUCUUUAGGACGAAGACCAAGGGUCGUUGCUUUGUGAUUGCGGAAUGAGUAAGUUUGUGAGCAUGAAUCGGCCUUGCUGUGACAGUAAGAUAAAGAAUGAGCAGCUUUGCUAAAGCUUCCUAAGCACAGAGGUAGCAGGGAAGAACUUGAAACACUGCUAUUUCUAAUCAUGAGUGUGGACUGGUAGCGUUCUUCUUUUUCCCCUCAUCCGUGUUCGCCUGUAAAAUGGAAAGCAAAGCAUCUUCCUGUUAUCAUAUUUGCUUAUUGCUUGCACAGCAAAGGUAUAGCAGUCGCUUGAUUUAAAUCAUAGUGCAACAUUUUUGAAUUGCUGUAGUUAUUCCAAGGAGCUGGCCUGUGAGCGUGCUGGGAUGAAUGGUCAAAUUUUCUUACUACUCUGCAGCUUUUCUUUUUUUUUGUGUGUGUGUGUAAUGCUUAUUGCCCUCACAACCGAUUUCCUCCUCGUUGUGCAAGAAAGCUGCUGCAUUUUUUACUAGGUGUCAUUCCAAGCUUGUAGCACUGGCUUUUGUGCAAGAAUGCUGUGUUGGCAAUGAAACUCAGUCUUUGUAGACCAGUAAGAAUGUGCUUGCUAAGACAGCAAAGCAGUACAAAGUAUACCGUUUUCCCAGUGAUAUUGUAAACUUCCGCGCCUGUGCCACAUCAUCAGAGGCAAUACAAUGUGGGGCAUAAUGUGUCUUUGUUGCUGUUUAAGGCAGUGGUCUGAGACAGGCAAUCUGUGGGCCAAACCCUUGUGACCCUUCAGUGUUGGGUCCCCUUCCUUAACCUGUGUAAGCCCUGCACGAACUCUCUCACCUCUCACCUGAACAUGUUGCUGCAUGGCUUACAUGUAGCUGCAUGUAACUUGUGCUGACUGAUGCCUAGUGCAAGUUGGAGACCCCUGCUUUUAGGGUGAAGGUUAGCAAGCUACUACCUUGAAACAUCGGAGCUUGUCGUGAGAGCUGGUUGGUUGUCUUUGUUGCUACAACCUCCUUUAGAAGGAGGCUUUAGUAGCUAACUCGUGUAGCACCAUCAACUGACAGCGAUUCUGUGCCUGUUUAAAAUGUUGGAUAUGCUUGCAUUUUGAAAUGCAAGAGAAAGCGCCAGAUGAAGCAGCGCAAGUUAUUUGUACGCUUGUUGUGGUGUGCAGUUACCGUGCAACGUUUAGAGACUACUGUUUCACUACCAUGUAAUGCACAAAGAUUGCAAGUGCUUAAAGCUGUAGCGCUGCCAUGCAGAGGAACCGCGUUUAGGAGCUACGAUGACAGCACAGCAGCUACACCACUUUCUCUCACACAAUAUGGUUUUCUUCCUUUGCUGUUAUGUAUUUCAUGUGAUUAAAUAACUUGUGCUUUCUGUUCUCUUACAAAUGUCCAUUGAUCAGAAUAUCCAGAGCUGAUAAAUGCUUUGCACUUGAAGGCUGCUGUGAAUUGUGGCUUCAACUUGUGGUUUCCGUGGCUGCUGACGUGACAGUGCACAGGCUAUUUGUGAGAUUUUUCUCUAUGCUGCAAAGCAUGCUCAGGCUGUUAUAUGUUUUAAGUAUUAGCCAGUGAGCGAUGGAAAAUGCAUAACCUCCUCUCUGUACCCCCUUUUGAAUGAGUUGCUGGUGUCAACACUGGUGAAGAUGAAAAGAAAAUUUCACGUUGCAGCUCCUGUCUGAAGUGUCAACGUUGUGGUAGCACAGUUUAUGUGGCACUAUGCUGCAUGUGUGUGCAAUUUGCCGACAAGAAGAUCACAAGCAAAGUUCUGAUCAGAAUUUGUCGUCCCAUCAAUAGAUGGCAGUGAUGCAUAGUAGUGCACAAGCAGAAAUUCUCGGGACAUGAUCAGUGACAGAGGCACAGCGCUUUACUGGUUACCAGCAGUCGACCACAUUUUGUCGCUGUGGAAAACAUCACACAUGCUCCAAUGAGUUUGCAAGCAUGUCUCUACUCUUGCUUUCUUGUGAUGUGAUGGCUGGCUAAAGCAGCAGCCGCAUGUAAUGUACUUCCGACACAUUUUUGAUGUGACAUCACCUGGUGCCAAUGUGUCCAUUUCUCACUGUGUGGUUAUUUCACAGUUAUUAUGACUGCAAUGUGGUCCACUUGGUUGCAAGUUGCAAGUGGAUAGAUACCUUGUGGCAUGCGUUACAGUUGGUGUGACAAUAUGGUUAUCACACUGUGUAAAACAGAUAUGCCUGUGCCAGGUGACAUCAUGUUGAUAAUACAUGAGAAUGAACUACGUUACAUGUUAUUGCUGCUUUAAAAUGACUAGAAUGAUAGGGCCUUUGUACCGCUUAAGCUAGUUGUUAUGAUGGCCACCAAGGCAGUAGGUUGCUUUACAUUUCUGAUGCAUGUGUCACAUUGGGGAAGAGCAAGAAAACAGACGUGUCCUUUCCACAUAACAGACGAGUGCGUGCGCUGUUUUCCAAUCGUCAAACAGCACAAGCCUGCAUCAAUGCUAUGCGAGUUUCUUUCGUCUAAUUACUUUCUUGAGAAGGCACUAGUGUGAUAUCUGGAACUGCGUCUUCCCAAAUUCAUGCUUUAUAUCGCUGCAAGCUUAAAGCUUAAGCAACUGAGCAGUACUGGAAAAAGCCUAGCUGUUAACGUCCUAGGGAGAAUGCACAUGUUUGGUAGGGAGGAGGCGCAGGUCGGUGAUGAAAAGCUUGGUGAGCAAGGAAGCAAAAGUGGAAGCAGUCCAACGACCAAGCCAUCCAGUAUGGUUUCGCAGUGCGCCUCCGUGCCACAUGGAUCACCUGUCCCGAAUUAGCUGCCCUGCACACGUCCAUCUGCCACAUUGAUGCAGCACAUCCUGUUGUGGUUUGAUUACUUCAGCAGAGCACAAAUGCGUAAGUUGUUACGAUACUGCAUACCUCCACGGGCUCAAACCUGCGUGGAGAGGAUCCUGCACUGCUGCACAUAUUGUUACUGUAGCAAAUUGUGCAUCAUUCUGUGCCGAAAUGUUCUAUUACAGCCCGCGACUUUGGUUGUAUUAUGCAUUGCGAGUUUGCAUUCUAAGUGCAAUAUUCUUUGUUUGUUUGAUUGGUUAUUAUAUUUUUAAUUUUCCGGGUCAUUGAAAGUUACCACCUGCUUCUGCAAGGUUGACAUUUGGGCUAGUUAAUAAAUAUCCACUGUGCAUUAAGGUAGUAGGACAAAUUAUACUUAGAAGAGCAGAUAGUUUGGUUAGUUGGUUGAAAUGCAUACUGAAAAAGUUUGCACGGAGACACGAGGACAAGCCGAUAAAAGACAAGAACGAGCGCUUGUCCUUGUCUUUUCCCGGCUUGUCCUCGUGUCUCCACGCAAAUUUUUUCAGUAGUAGGACAAACAGGGACAAAAGUACCUAAGUACACCACCAGUCAUGAGUAAGCACUUGUGGUGUGGUUACCUUCCUUAGUACAUGCUUGUCACGCAAGAGUAAUAUUCACACCUUGCAUUACAUUUGUAGUCACAUUGUGUUUGUGCAUUUAUGGUAACACAGUGAUGUGCCUCAGUCACUGUUGGUGUACUGGGCAGUUUUGUCUGUGGUGGCACAACAGUGCUUACACCACAGGUCUUUGUUUCAGUAGAGGGCACAGACGGCAGUUUUUUUCAAGGUACAUAGAAUUGUUCCUUCCUUUAUAUGGCAGCUUGUGCUAUUGCAUUUUUGUUGUGUACCACAGUUUAUGUAUUCAGUGUUGUGCACCUUAUCUUGGUUACCUUAAAAUACAGAUGCUUUGCGAAAAAAGAAUAAUAACAAUUAAGUGUCAAAAUAUAUCUAUGGCAGGCCUUUUCUAGUUUCAUAUUGGGAAUGCAAUGUGAAAUAGACAUUGCUCUGUGAUACCACUUUCCCAAAGGGCACAGUAUUAGUAAGGCAUAAUGCGAUAAAUUAGUACAGUUUUUAUAUUGCACUUUGCCAAGUGUUUCACAGAUCAAAAUAGGUUGUUUUAAAAACUUGAACUAAAUCUUUCAGAGUUGUGGUUCUUAAAGCUUGGUUCUUGUGUGUUAGAUUAUGUUUAAUUCUGCUGCCUGUUUCAUGCAUGCAGUCUUGUAUUGCAACCAUUUUUUUUUUUCCUUAUAGUGUAUAAAACCACCUUAUUUUCCUCCUUAUGUAGACACGUUUCCAUCUUGCUAUCGCUAAUAGCACUUGUGAGCACUUAUUCAAAGUUUUUUUGCGCGCGUAUUUCUGUCACUCCUGCAGGAGUGACAGAAUUGUCCUCGAAGGAGUGAUAUGAAGGAACUUGUGGCUGUAAAUUCUUGCAGUCAGGAUCUGAGGUAUGAGGUGUCAGCAUAAUUUUCUUUAUAACUGCUAGACACCACUGGCUGAGCUAGCACAGACAUCUGGGAAACGCACGACUCUUAGAGGCUGCAGAUUUUGUCAUAAAAGAAGUGUACCACGCUGCCGCAUAACAUGCUGCAUUAUCAUGAGAGCAAUGGCUUUUAAGGAGCAGUGUACAGUGAAGUGGCAUCUAUUCUCGGAAGUUGGAACUCCUAUGGAGUUGUGCAAGAUGUACAGUGAGAGAGCUCUCUUUUUUCUAAGAAGGAUUGAGGUGGUCAAGCACUUUAUGACUAGACUCUCAUGAGUUUUCAGAGAUCUCUUUCAUAUUAUAAGAAAAUGAUGUAAUUUGAGAGCCAUCCAUCUGUGAAAUAGAGGCUGGCCAGAUCAAAGUGACAUCACUUGCACAACCAUGGUUUUGAUUGGCAGAGCACAGCUGUAUGCAGCUGUGUACAGCUGUGCAUAUUGCAUGCAAUUGAGAGGUUCGGCAGCAAGAAUGGGUUAGAUAUUCAAUUUUUCUUGAAGAAAAAAUGACCCUAUUGCGUUGUAAGAUAAACAUGUCUAGUCUGCCUAUUAUUACCGGCACCUUCAGGAAGUGAAGCAUACCAUCUGUCAGUAUUGUGUGAGAAGAAAAUGUGUGGCUAAGGACACUUGUGUAAUGUUGGCUGCAUCAAGUUGCGGAACAGUGGCCACUUAGUUUAUUAUAGGUAAGCUUCACCAUGUAUCAACACUUACUUGUAAAAUUUGUUUACCUUUGUUGCUAUUACAUAGUACUGCUGAUUUACCAUGACUUGGUCCUUUUUAGUUGUCUGACUUUUCAUUUGCUUUAAAUAAGCUGUCACUAAAUAUACUGCUGCAGGAAAACCUAUUGGCAGAGAUAGUAGCAUAGCAAAUUGGUUUGCGUGAGAAUUUUAUCCUCCCUUGUGAGCAUCUUCAGAUGCCUUUGCAUAGAUACUUGUAGAAGCUUUCUUUGUGCUUUAUCAUCACUGUUCUUUUUUUUUUUGCUAGCUUCGUUACUCUUUGGGACUUACAGGAUAGGAACCUGCUGCUGAGAGCAUCAAGCUUCCAUAAAAAUUGAGCAGAUUAAAUUCAGUGUUGGGCAAGGUCUGGCUUCACUCAUGUGAAGUUUCACAUUAAAGGGAGACAAGGUAAAAAUAUUAACUUAAAGCUAGUUAUGUAAAUUGUGCAUAUAGGAUAACGGACAUGCAUACUCAUUCACUGAAGAGGGGCAUUUCUACUAAUAGACAGUUGCAGUGGUUUGAGAUCCGCAGUUAUUUCACGAUUUUUUUUUACUACAUAGAUGGCAAAAAUUUUUCAGCUGCAUUCAUUCAGUCUUCAUGUCUACAUAGAUGGCAGCCAUUUCAUCAGUGCUGGAGGGGCGCUGUUACUGUGGUCUUUGCUUUGUCCUACAUAGAUGGCAGCACUUUGUUAGCACUGAAACACUGCGUUUUUGGAAUCGCAUGCUUACUGCUUCUUUUUCCUUGUUUCUAAGUGUAUAUUUUGUGGCAAUGACAAAUACAUACAUAUUGCAUAGGGAAGAGGUAAAAUAAGGUUUUCACACUUAAAAGAUUAAACGAAUUGGUUAAAAAAGCCUUAGGAGAGCUUUCAAUAAAGUGAAAUUUGAAAAUAAGCCGUAAAAUAAAAAACACGAGGUCAUCUUUGGUCAAAAUAAAACGCAAGGGGUUAAGCAAGUCUACAAAUCUCGACCAUGUAGCAAAUGGCGUGAAAAUAAUUCUGAAUGUUCUUACCUCACAUACAAGUCUUUUUAACUGCAAUGCAAAUGUUUUUCUUCUGGCAAAAGAAUAUUCAGGCUAUAAGACGUCAACCAGCCAGAAAUGCAAAAGACUUAAGGCCGGUGGCAAUGUCUUGAAAUGUCUGCAUUAUCCCCAGUAAUGUCGGGAAAUUUCGAUGGCAUCUGCUUGAGGGCAGGUAAUUUUUUAUAAACAGUGAUUACAUCGCAUUCAAAAAUGAGCAAAAACCCAGCCUGACAAUAUUUUGUAGUUUUUUCAUCAAAAUGACCUAAACGCACAUAGUGGUGUUAUUUGGAGUCACUGAAAACACCCUGGUUUGUGCAUAGAACUAAGAAAGGUUGGGGCCUUCAUACCUUUUGAUGCUGAGAAAAUGCAAAUAGAGCUUUGAAAGGGUUUUCAAUAGAAUAAGCGCCAAAAAGUGACAGCACACAAGAAGAAAACCAGACAGGACAAGGCGCUGACAAUAUUUUGUAGUUUUUUCAUCAAAAUGACCUAAACGCACAUAGUGGUGUUAUUUGUUAUUAGCGCCUUGUCCUGUCUGGUUUUCUUCUUGUGUGCUGUCACUUUUUGGCGCUUAUUCUAUUGAAAGCUAUGCACCAACUAGCCCCACAAUGUGUUUUACUGCUUUGAAAGGGUUUUGUGCCUCUCUGUAGUGUCUCUUUAACGCUGCAAAGACAACCGAGUUCUGCUGCUAGCCGUGGCCUAUAAGCUGCCGAGUUAGGCAGCAUUGUUUAGUUCUUAAUGCCAACAUGCACAUAUUUUAGCUUGCAUGUAGAGCUACACCUGUGAAGUGCAUGCGCUGCUGUCCAUUUGCACACUGACAUACCGUACUCUAAGAGCUGUUUGCUCUGCAUACUUUUCACGUGUCUUUGUGAGUGCAAGUGCUUAGCUGAUUUGCCAGUGAUUUGAAAACGUGUUAAUUCCUCAUGUUGGUUGUGCCUGUGACGCCUCUAAUGAUGGUCAUGUAAAAGUGAAUGGUGGCGGUGGUGAGAUGUUUUCCUUAUUUCACAGUAAAUUGCAAUAUAUUGAAGCGUAAAACAAUCCACAUCGCCUUUCUGGCUAUUUUUUCCCCUCUCUGCUUGUCCUUCUGUUCAGAGACAGUGCUCUUACGGUUGGUGUACCCUGAAAGGAAAUAUUAAACUGUGGGAGCUAUAUUGAUGGUUAUUUUGUGACAUGUUAUGCUUGGUAAUGAUCAGUGGAACAUUUGUAUUGUUCACAGCUACUCCACUUUGUAUAGAGCUGGCAUCUCCUGUGUACUAAUUCUUGAGUGUUCUUUUACCAGGGUAUAUAUAUAUUAUAUGUGUGUCUGUGUGUAUUUCUUGUAUUUAUUAGUCCAUUGUCUUGAGUUGAAAUGGUACUGGCUUUAAAGAGCCUGCUACUGCGUUUACCUCGAAAACUGGAUACAUUCCUUACUUCAACAUACAGUCCUGCUUGUUUCCUGCGAACAUAUCAAGAAGCAACCGAAUGAGAACUUUGACAGUGAGGAUAGACCUGGGGGCAGGAAAGAAUUGAAAGAAAGGUGCAUGCAAAGUUUAUCCAGAAGUCUAGCUGUGUUUAUUUUCCCUCUUUGUUUUGCCUAUGCUAAAUUUCAAAGCAGCAUUGUACUAAGUGCAAAUGAUGGGAAUAAAGUGGCAAAGCAACA